CGAAUCAAACUAUGCAGUUGAGAGGUGGCAGCAGAGCAGUCAAUUAUUGUUAUUGUUGUGCUUAGGAUUGUACUUGUAUUGACCUGCUUAGAUGUAAAAUAAAAAAUUGUGUUUACUUUAUUUUAAAAAGCCUUCAUUAUUAAAAUGAUCUAAAAUAUGCAACAGAAAGAGAAAAAUAUUAACUAUUGGUGUGUUUAUCUAAUGUGUGUCAUGAUUCUUCAUUCAUAACUACAGCCAAAACUAAGUUUGACGUUAGUCACCAGUUACAGUAAACCGUUUUCUUUCUUUUUGUUUCUAUUUUCACUCGAAAUGUCACAUCCUCGCAAUGAUGAUGAUGUACUUUCGGAGGGCAAUAGUUUAUCCGUGCAGUCGAACGAUGCCGAUUCGGAUGAUUCUAGUUGGAACGAUGAGUCUGAUGUGAAAAGAAAACCUAAUCCUCCACGUUCUCAAUCAAAACCACACAAAUCUAAAUGUAAAUCAUCCAAAAAGAAACGUCGUUCCAACAGAAAAAAUAUCGAAAAAACUUAUAGUGACGUUGAGAUCGCAGAAACUGUUAGUACUAGUAAAAGCAACAAUGCUAAGCAAGAACUAAAAGAAGAAUCAUCAAUUAAAUCUGAUCACUUCUCAGAUGAUGUUAAUUCUGUUAUGUCGGAUAUAAAUCCCCCUUCUUUUGCGACUCGUUCAAGAAGGCGAAGAUUUUAUAAUCGGCAAGCUUGGAAAGGCCCUGGUAGUACUAGUAGUAAUUAUACAUUAGAAUCAGAAGGGAAAAAAGCCAAAAGUGAGCCUAUUUUGAUAACAAUUGAUUCAGACAGUGAGGAUGAUCAUGUUUCUACUGUGAGCAGUCUUCCUAGCCGUAGUGCACGGCUUAAAGGAGAAAUGCUUAGGAAAUUACAAAGAAUGUCCGGACUUAAAAAGAAUGUGGUAAAUGGUUCUUCAUCAUCAUCAGACUCAGAAAAUCCGAGAAAAAGCAAAAAGAAAACAAAGUCUUCAGCACCUUUGAAAAAAAUAGGACAUAAAUCUAGUACUAAAGGUAAUCACAGACAUUUAAAACACAAAAAAAGUCGUAAAGCACUUAUUUUCACGCCUAGUCAUAAACGACAUUUAAAAAUACACAGAAUUAAAAAACGCUUGGAGAGGCAAAAAAUUGAGAAAAGGGUUAUACCUAUGCGGCAAAGCCGUAUUACACCGAGUCAGUCGAAUACGCAGCCUGCGAUUAAUAGGGCAUCGAGUUCCGGAAGACGAAGCUUACGAAAUAAUAGUAGUGGUCAUAUUAAUUAUCAAGAGGAAGAAGAAGAUAAAGUUGUUGUAAAACUUGAGCGUCGUACAAGGAGAAGUUUAAGCGAUUAUAAAAACAUUAAAGAGGAACCUGCUGAUAAUACUAGCAAAAGGAGGAUAAGUAAGAGUAAUGUUCACGUAAAUGAUGAAUUUGUUGAAGAAAGUAAAUUUAAAGAAACUGUUGUAAAUGAAAAAGAAUCUGAGCAAGUUCCUGAGGAUAAAAACGAAAAUAUUGAUUCUGAACUUCAAAACACCGUAACAGAGAACUCUGAAAACACUAAAAAGAUAGAAGAAAAAUUAGAGGAUAUUAAGAAUGAUAUUGAUCUUAUUAACAAUAUGAUUAGUAAUAAAGAUAUUAAUGAAGAUAAAAGUUCAGAUGUAGUUAAACCUGAAAAUUCUGGAACAAAAGAGGCAAGUUCAAAAGUGGAAAAUAAAUUAAAAGGAUCCCUUCGUUCGAAGAUUAUAGUGAAGAAAAAGUUGGGUAGGAAGAAAAAAAUCAUAGCUCCACCACCAAGCAAUAUUCGCAGGCCAGGACGAGGCCGCCCUCGUAAAAUAAUACCGGAAAAUAAAUCGGAGUCAAAACCAGACACAGAGACUUUCAAUAUAUUAAAUAUCAAGCCUCAAGUUCCUUUUUUGCAAAACUCUUUCUGCUUUGAUGUUGCACCAAAGCUUGCAAAAUGCAGAGAAUGUAGACUUGCCAUUUAUAAAAGCAGUAAAAGAAUGUAUAAUUCAUAUUGCCGCUUCAUGGAAUAUCGUAAAUUGUGCUACAAUAAGAGUGGCAUGAUUUCCAGUGCUGGGUUUUCAAAUCCUAAUGAUGCUGCAGCUGAGCAUCUUAGUUUAUGGUUUCCUCAGUUUCUAAAGCCUCCCAAAGAUUUAAAUAUUGAGACUGCAAAAUCUCUGUUAGAACAUAUUGGUGAUCAGUUUUGUGAUCUAGUUGGGCAAGAAAGAGAAGCACUCAAUUUGCAUAUUGGAUUGCAGCAAUUAAUAACGUGGAAGCGUGUCGUUCAAGGUGUGAGAGAAAUGUGUGAUGUGUGUUCGACAACCAUUUUUAACAUACAUUGGGUCUGCCCUCAGUGUGGACUUGCAGUUUGUAUUGAUUGCUAUAAGGUGCGCAAACAGGGAGAAGUGGCUUCUUACGAUGAUGAUGAACAACCUAAAGAUAGAGAUGAAUUCAAAUGGUUAUUAUGUACCAUGCGAACCCCUCAUAGGCAAGAUAGCCUGGUGAUGGCACAAAUCAUACCUGGUACUGCAUUAUGGAUGAUGAGAGACUGGUUGCAUAAAGCGAGGGAAAAAUGGAAUAUUCCAUCUUAUUGCAAAUGUACCAAACCUCAAGAAUCUCCUGCUGAUAAUUUAGUUUCAACUGGAAUCGUUAAGCAACUAAUGUGCCAUGUGAGUAGUUCUUUCAACCCUGAAAGAAUUCAAACAUCAAUGCCAGAGAAAAGUCUUUCUAAGCCUGAAAACUAUGAUGAACUGGAUGUUGAAGUUAGUGGAUCAGCUUUGAGGUGGUUAGACAAUUCAAGCAUUAUGAAUGAAAAUCCGAAUAGAAAUUCAAGAAUAUCGGAUGAUUAUUUUAAUAGCUUUGAGGAUCUUAUUAUGCUAAGAGGUGCAGAACUAAUACAUGAUUCCCCUCCAUCAGAGUCUGAUAACGAGUUAUCUAACUUCUCUUUAGACGAUAUUAUUGCAAGUGUAAAAAGUAUGCAGAACAAUGAAGAAAAAGAGAAUUCAGAAAAAUUUUCUGCAAAACAUUUCAGCCAGCGUUAUCCCCAACAAAAGAGUGGACGAGAUCCUCUACCUAUUCGUAUUUACACAAAAAUAGAGAGCAAAAUAGCUUUUCCAAGUGUGCCUCAUUCUUGGUUUUGUAAUGGAAGACUCCUAUUUCUUCAUCAGGCUACUCAUCCAGAAAAUCUGACCUUGUUCCAAGAACAGUGGAAACGUGGUCAGCCAAUAUUAGUCAAAAGCGUGGAUGAAAAUCUGGACAUGGAUUUAUGGACUCCAGAUGGUUUUUCUCGUGAUUUUGGUGAAGUAAAAAAUGACUUGGUUGAUUGUAAAACUGGAAACAUUAUAAAAAAUUUGCCUAUGAAGAAAUUCUGGGAAGGUUUUGAAAAUCUGAGGAAACGUCUAACCGAUGAAAAUGAUGAACCUUUACUUCUCAAAUUGAAAGAUUGGCCUCCCGGAGAAGAUUUUAGUGAAAAACUGCCUACCAGAUUUGAAAAUUUGAUGAAAGGAUUACCUCUACCAGAAUACACGCAUAGAGAUGGAAUCCUUAAUUUGGCUGGCCGAUUACCAUCUUCUUUUGUAAGACCUGAUCUUGGACCUAAAAUGUAUAAUGCUUAUGGUUCUGCUUUAUUCCCUACUAAAGGAACCACGAAUCUUCAUUUAGAUGUUAGUGAUGCCGUUAAUGUAAUGGUUUAUGUUGGAAUUCCAUCAGAUGACAAUUCUCAAAUCCAUGUUCAAGAGGCUUUAAAAGCCAUUGAUGAGGGAGGAUGUGAUUCUUUGAUGAGAGCGAGAGUCAGAGGAAAAAAUUGCAAACCCGGAGCACUUUGGCAUAUAUACAAUGCUAGGGAUGCUGAUAAAAUUCGACAAAUGCUGAACAAAGUAGCCAUUGAAAGGGGUGAAAAACUUGAACCAAAUCAUGAUCCAAUUCACGAUCAGAGCUGGUAUAUAGAUUCUGAACUUCGAUUGAAACUGUAUCGAGAGUAUGGUGUUGAAGGUUAUGCUAUUGCACAGUGUCUCGGAGAUGCUGUUUUUAUACCUGCUGGGGCACCUCAUCAAGUGCGUAAUUUACAUAGCUGUGUGAAAGUUGCUGAGGACUUUGUUUCUCCAGAAAAUAUUGCUCAUUGCUUUAAAUUAACUCAAGAAUUUCGACAAUUAUCUGACACUCAUACUAAUCAUGAAGAUAAGUUGCAGAUAAAAAACAUUAUUUAUCAUGUAGUGAAAGAUGCACUUUCUCAUUUACUUACUGACCCUGAAGCGCAGAGUGCUCAAGCCAGUUUAUUGUAAAAAUCUGUACAAUUAUCGGACACUCAUAUUAAUGAAGAUAAGUUGCAGAUAAAAAACAUUAUCUAUCAUGUAGUAAAAGAUGCACUUUCUCAUUUAUUUACUGACCCUGAAACGCGGAAUGCUCAGGCCAGUUUAUUAUAAAAAUCUGUACAUAAGCAAAAUAGUUGCAUUGGUAAACAAAAGUUGUAUAUUUUGUUAUGUAUAAAAGAAGCUCUGUACAUAGCAUUGUAAAGUUAUUUAAGUGAAGAUGUUCAUUCUGAGUUUAUUGUUUAAUUAUUUGUUUGGUAGUAAUGUGUUAAGAUAAAGUUUCACUUUUUUCAUUUCAAAUAAUAUUCCAGAAUUAUUUUUUAAUGCAAUAAAACUAAGAAUUUUGUUAAGUCAAGCCCAUAAUUAACCAGAAAGUACAGAACAUAAUUCUAACUAACAUACUGAUAUCUUUCUUAUUUUUUUUAGGCAAUUGUAUUUAAUGAAAUGAAUGUUAUUUUUGUCUAAAAUAUUUUACUUAUUUUCUUGAGAAAAAUACGUUUUGAAACAUUAUGUUUAAGAAAAUUUUUUUAAUUAUCAUUAUACCUACCAACUGCUGAUUUGUAAUUCUAUCUAUAUUUAUGUUUGCUGCCUUGUGUAUGUGUCUACUAUUUUUUUUAAAAUGUUUACGUUAAUAUAAACAACAAAAAAAUAUGUAUUAAAAAAAAGCAUUGUAGACAUGUGUAAAAAAUCUUUAUAUCUUCAAAGCAAACUAGAUUGUAGACUUUUAAUAUAAAUUUUAUGCUGUUGGGGAUGAUUUUUUUUUUCAAGUAUACAAGCUAAAAUAAAACAAUAUUGACUUUAUGGUUCUACUUUGAGCCAAUAUGUUAAAUAAAUAUUCAAUUAUUACGUAAAAUGCAGUUGUGUUCUUUAAAUUUGAAGAAACCAGUUACAUUCAAAUAAUUGAUUAAUAUUUGAUAUUGCUGCAUCUUUAAUCAUAAUAACGUUCUAAUCUUCUGUAAACCUAUUAAAGUAUUAAACUCAAGUAAUUGCUUUUCUUAAUAAAAAUGGAAGAAUUUAAGGGUUUUUAAACGGUUCGAAUAAAAUUCAUCUGGAGGUCAAAUGGUUGAAUUAAUGUUCAUCUGAGACUCUAUUAAAAUUGCUACUCUGGUUAACAUUAUGAUCCAAGAUUCAACUUUACUUUUAAUAGUACUCAACAAGUUUUCAUGCAUGUUAAAUGCACAAAAAAUAAACAUUUAUUUAUUUAAUUUCUUUUGAUACAUUUUUUAUUUAUUUAUUUUUUUGAUAAAAUUACUUGCAGCCCAUUGAAUUAUCAAUCUAUUAGUAAUUAUUGAUAAAUUAUGCAAACCUUAUUCAAACUUUUUUCCUGUUUUUUUUCCCAUCUUUUUUAAUAUUCUGUAGGUAGUAUUUUAUUAGUUUCAAUGUAUUUUUUUCUCAGAAUUUUUGCCAGUAUUACAGAUAUUAUGAUGUAAUGGGUAUGUAUUCCAUUCGAUGUAUAUGUGCAGCAGAAACAUGUACCAAAAAUAUUAAUUUCUUAUAGAAUCCAGCCAUGUGGUAGACUUUUUCAAACUUCAAAGGAACUUUUUUUGAAAAUACAUUAUGUUUACAAUACUUAAUUUUUAUGAAUAUAAUUUUUAAUGAAAUUUAAAUUUGGUGAAUAUCAAAACAAGAGAGUAAAGGAUUUAAAAGUCACCAAGUAACAACUUGUACACAGUUAAGAAAUUGUUCCAUAAUGUCCAUAUAAUAUUGAGAGUAUUAAAUUGUGUUUGGUUUUUAUUGAAAAACUGUACCAGUAAAUAAUAAUAAAUAAAUAUAUGUAUCCUAUGUACUUGUGAUGUAAAAGCCAUAAAAUCUAAAAAUAUAAGUAUAAAAGUAAAAUUUGCAUUUUACCAUUUUAAUAUAAUCAUGUAAAGUUCUUAUGUAAACAUUUUAUUUCUUACAUAAACAAGAAUGCUCUUUGUCAAUAACUCAGAUUUGAGACAAUCUUAUAGAAUAAAAUCAGCAUGACUCUGAUAGUUUGGUGGUAUGGGAGAAGUUUUCAAAACCAUUAGUGGAUGGUAAGCAUAUGGCCUCCCUCAAUAAUUAGUGAGCUCUAGAAACUGCCCUUUAUAUUUCAGACAAAUAAGAAAAAUAAAUUUGAAAGCAGAUUUUUUAAAUCUGCAUUGUUUUCUUACUCUUAAUGUUAUAUCCUCAUUUUAAAAAUGUAUAUUAUGUAAUUACCUAAUUCUAUUAUUUAUGGGUUUUUUUACUUAAAUAAAUAAUUUUUUUUUACUUUUUCGAAUAAUAAAAUUUCGAUUUUAAUUCAACUACGCUAAAAGCGAGUUAAGAAAUAAAAAAAAAUAUCUGAUUGAAGAAAUUUUUUUUAUAAUGAAUUAUCUAUGUAUUAUUACCACCUCCUAGUUCCCUUAUUAAGGAACUGAAAUUAUAGUACAUGUUUAUGCAGCAUAAUUUGUUCUCUUUUUACAUUGUUUAACUUUCUUAAUUUAUGCAAUUUUUUCCUCUUUAUAAUUGAUCAGUUUUUUGUGAUUAUAUUAAAUAUUACUUUGAAAGGAAUUUUAUCAUGUAUUUUAUAUUCAAGAGAAGCUGAAAUGUGAUCUAUGUUCGUUAAAUGUAAUUUUCUGUCUUCAUCUUUAAUGUUAGCAUUUGACUAGCUUUUUUCUGCAUUAUAAAACUCAAUGUAAAUAUGUAACUCACAAACAUAUAAUAUGUAUAUUACUUAAUGCGUAGUUAGUUCUUUAAAGAAGUUAUGUCUUUUAAUUUAAUUAUGUUUCUAUUAAUGUGUGCAAUGUAAUUUUGCUUGAGUGUCUUUCUGUAAAAAUACUAUUGAAUGAACAUAUUAAUAAAGUUUUUAAUAUAUUUGCUUU